AUGUUCCGUCGAAGGUUUAUCCCCGUCAAACAUACGGUCAAUCUGUUGAAAAAGCCCAGUCCCGGUAAUGGCGUUCCCCCACUGCCCGGCGCGUUGCCCAAACAUGACAAUCGGUUCACGUUGUUGACUUACAAUAUCCUGUCUCCAGCGUACAUGUGGCCGCAGGUGUACACUUACGUCCCCGAGCAAUGCAAGCAAUGGGAGUUUCGGCACGAUUUGUUGGAGCAAGAGCUGUUGGGGAAGUACAAGGCGGACAUCAUGUGCAUACAGGAGAUGACGAAGAGGGAUUACCAGCAGUUCUGGUCGCCAAUUGCGUCUGGGAAAUGUGACAUGGGAUCCGAGUUUAUCUCCAAGACUGCUCCUAAAUACUGGAAACGAGAACCUGAUGAGUUGGACGGCGUUGCCAUUUUCUACAACCGCAAGAUGUUCGAUUUCGUCUCGUCGAAGGGCAUCUAUUUAAACCAGAUGCUCGAUGCCUUCAACGAUCACGAGCUCGAGUACCUGGGCCAGAAGAAGCUGGGGCUGACAGACGGUGCUGGGAACCCGACGGGGGAAACCAACCUGCUGAACUUCCUCAAGCUUAAAAACCAAGUUUCUCUGUUCGUCUCUCUGCAGCACAAGUCUACAGGGAUGUACUUCGUUGUGAUCAACACGCACCUGUACUGGAAGUACGACGAAGUGAAGCUCACCCAGUGUAUGGUGAUCAUGCGGGAGCUCUCGCAGAUCAUCGACGACCUGCUCAAGGACGUGCCGGACGUCACGAAGGAGAAAGUCAAGAUCAUCUUCACUGGGGACUUGAACUCGACCAAGAACUCCCCAGUGAUCAAUUUCUUGAGGGGGAACAUCAUCAGCCAUUUGGACCUCAACAUGGUCAACCCGAUGAAGCCCUUCCUGAACCGGUGCGUCUACGACGACGCACCAGAGGAGUGGUUCGACAACACAUGCUACUCGGGCAAACUGAAGGGCAUCUUCGACUACAUCUGGUACCACGACACGGAUCUCAAGCUCACAAAAAUCCUGACGGGCAAAGAAGUCUCCGACGAACUCGACGAGGCCAGCCAGCGCGGACUGCCCAACGGAACACACCCGAGCGACCACAUACCGGUCCUGACCGAGUUCAAGAUCUUGAAUCAAUCGAAGGGCUGA